CCGAUCUUUCGAGGAUCGUUCAAUUCCCUGCCCACUACUAUGCAGUUGCCCUGGUUGGGCCAAGGUUCCUUGCUGAGCCAAUACCACCAGAAGAGUCGGUGAGUUCAUGCUUGCGAAGGAGAACAAGGACUGGUCGCUCUUCUGUCCCAAUGAGGCCUUUGACCAGGUGCAGACGUUUCGCAUGGUGCCCACUGAAGAGAUGACGCUCUCACUUUGGGAGGCCGUGGAGGAAUUCGAGGACCGGGAUGCUGGUGGUGCGGCCUCCCAAGCUGCAGCUGGGGGAGGCGCGUCGAAGCCUGGAGGCUUCACCAAGAAGUCCACGCCAGAGCAGCAGGUGGAGUUCCUGCGCUCCUUGAAGGAGGAGGUUUCCUGCGAGGUGGAACACAUCCAGCCAUUGAAGGGUUGCGCCCGGGUGGACUUUUGCCGCGUGGAAGGCCCCACGGACACCCAGAAGG